AUGUACCUCUUUGCAGAGGAUUUUGCAGCCGUCUCUGGGGCGGUUCUUCUAUUGUCCUACCGAAAGGACAAACAGAACGUUGAGGAAUCGUCAUGCAUCGAUGAGGAUUCGUUGCUUCACUUAGAGAAAAAUCUAUUCCUCUUUUCGCCAUCAACAACUGAUGUUGAUGAGGACAUCAUAUUCGAUAAGGUUCGUGACGUUUUUGUGCCAAAACUUGCCAAGAAUGUCAGCAGUAGCAACUCCACAUUAAAUUCUCCCUCAAUAGAAGCGAGAAAUUGUACCUUAGCUGCAGCCGGAAAGUAUGACGAUGAGUUUGUGAAUUAUCCAUUCUAUAAUCAGAGGACAGCAAACAAGCCGAUAACCAACAUUGGGCCAAGUGGCAUGCGUGAGAAAGGCAGUCCGGAAGUCUUGUCGCCCAUUUCGGUCAUCUCUAUGGCGUCCAUAAAACAGAAGGAAAGUCCAAAAAAUGGAGGUCUUAAGCCUGGAUUGGCUGCUAUUCGGACAGUCCCACUGACAGGACGGCUACUAACUCCACACCACCAAACUGAGGUGGAGGAUAGAACUGCUAAAGUGUCAAAGUCCGUUGUGGGACGUGUAGUGAUGACUUUGGCGCUCCAGAUGGCUGAAGGACCUUUCGACACUAUGAAAAGUUGUCUCUCCCUCUACUCCCUCGCCGUGGGCUCGCAGGCACGUCGGUGGCGCCUCCGACGAUGCAACCCCAAAGGCUGUGGCGGUGUUCGGACCAACAUCGUCGAAGGGUGGCACUGUGCUCGAUUUGGUCGGACUUUUUCACCCCUAUUGCCUACGUCCUGGAUUUGUUCCUCUCCAUCGGAAGAUGAAGAAGGGACUUUACCUCAGCCAACAGCGCAGCGUCCGCGAACACGAUCAUUUUCCUGGUGCAAGGCGGAGUGGAGCUUGAUACAACACCUAGAGUUAAUGCCUGCACCGAGGCGCUGUGCCAUCCAGUCGCAUUGGCGUCAACGAGCCGAAGUUCUGGAAUGCGUCUCCAUUGUCUGCACUCUGCGUCUCCUCUCCCUCGCUACUGCACUUUGGAACGGCGAUAAAAGGGCGGGGGUUAAAUUGAAAGAGGACUUUCAUUUCAUCAAAUCAAACUCGCGGAUGUCAUAA